AUGGCUUUGCGUUUGAGUUUCUUAGCUUUGUUCCUUUUGACGACAGCUCUCUCAUCUUGCCUUGUGGUCUCGGCUUCGCUCGUCGAAGGAAAAGUCUCUUGCUUCGACUGUCCUAAUGAUUACGAUUAUUCAGGAAUCAUGAUCAGUGUUAGCUGUGGCCACACCAAGACGCGGUUCACCGUCUCAACUGACAAGAAAGGCGAGUUCCGGUCGGAACUUCCUUCGAGGGACAAAACGAACUGUGACGCAGAACUCCAAGGCAGCUUUAAGCAACUUUAUGCUUCCACGAAAAACGUUAAGUCGAAGAUUGUAAACUUAGCCGGUGACAAAUAUGGUCUGUCUUCGAAGUUGAUCUUCUUGAAAUCAUGCCCACGAAGUCUUGGAUCUUUCGGUUCGUCUAAGACUGUUGAUUUGCCUGUUCCCCCGGAGUGGGGGCUUGCACCAACUAGUUAUUACCUUCCUUUCCUCCCUAUCAUCGGUAUCCCAUAA